AGGCAGACAGACAGACAGACAGACAGAGAAAGAAAGAGAGACAGGCGUUCACCAGUUUACACCCCGACUACUAACUCCUUGUUUACCUACACCUCCUCCAGCCGUUGGGAACGUCUGUCGUGCUAACAGGGUAAUGCUAAUGUUACUUCGCUCAGGUAGGUACGUCGGCUUUAGCUUUAAAAAGAAAAACCUCCUUCAAAGUUGAGUGAAUCGAAGUGUGUAUAAAGUUCAACCUGUUUUCUAUACCGGAUCAGCAAGUAAAACUAAUUCCUUCGAGCUGUCAGACCAGCUCCAGCCAGCUGAGUCCACACACAGAAAAGCUAACCUAACUUUGCUAACGUGAGCGAAGUUACAGCUAAAACAGGAACAACUGAUAAUAUUAGAUGAAAUAUUACAUUGUUUUGAAAGGACAGAGUGUAGCGUUUGGUUAGUUCCAGAUUAUAGUAAACAACUUGUGCAUUGUUGUUGGAGUGCGAUCGCGAUGACAUAACUUUGAUCCAUUUGAAGAUUACUUCCGAAACAUCUUGAUCAGCUUUGAUAUGGGAGUUGUAGUUUUUUAGACAUUUCCGCGAACGGCGCUGAGAAUGUGACAACAGACCACAAAUCCUUCAACCUAUUUCAACAAGAGUAUAUAUAAUACGAUAUUCUUAACAGUAAAAAGACAAGAGAGCAUUUUUUAAUGAGUUCACAACUAAACUUCACUCAUUUUCAGACUUGAGGCAUGCUUUUUCUCUUUUUUUUCUUCUUUUUUUUAAUAUCUCUUUUACCUUUGAGUCUUUGUUUUACUUAAUCUUUUAGGACUUUUAUUGAUUUUAUAUUUUUUUCCUGCUCAUUUUUGCUAUUCUAUUUUAUUAUCACUAUUCCCAUCAUUAUUAUUUUAUUAUGGUUUGAUUAUUAUAAUUAAUAUUUUUUAUUAUUUGUUAUUUAUUUAUAUAUAUUUUACUCACAGAUUACCUUAGAGUUUGUUUGAAGAACUUACCAAAAAAAAUGCAAUGAGCAACUAUGCACAAGUUUAGCAUAUAAUUAGUAUUUCAAAUACAGGUUCUUUGUAUGUCAGAGAGGUUAUCUUUUUUUCUUUUAUUUUUUUCAAAUCUCUUUUACCUCUAUCUUAUUUCAACUUACUGUCCUUUUAGCUUUUGUUUACUUAAGUUUUUAGGCCUUUUAUUGAUUUUAUUUUUUUUCCUGCUCAUUUUUGCUAUUCCAAUUUAUCAUUACUAUUACCAUUAUUAUUAUUUUAUCAUGAUUUUAUUUUAUUUUUUUAAUUAUUUUUUUUAUUUCUUUUUAUACUUACUAUCCUGUUUCCUGCCUUCUACCCCCUUUUUAUUACAUUUAUUUUUCUUACCUAUUUUACGUUUUUAUUUUGGUCCUCAUGGUCUCAUUUUUUGUUCAAGGGUUCUUAGAUUGUCUGUGUUUUUUAUGACAAAUGAAAUAAGCAUCAAUUCGGAAGCCUUGUUUUUAACUGAGCUUUUGUUUUAUAUUUGUUUUUUGAUGUUCUGUGCUUCACGGCUGUUAUGUCAAAGCACUUUGUAAGCUUCUAUUUUUAAAAGUGCUGUAAAGAUAAAGUUAUUAUUAUUAUUAUAGACAGUUAUUCGAAGUUGAGAUGCUUUAUAUUUCGCAAAACCACUUAUACAAACGUUCACCUUUAACUUUGAAAGGUUUUCCAUUGAUGAAUAAACUCAUUUAGGAGUAUUUUCGCCAUAGUCAUGCUGGACUACAUUUCCCAUCGACCCCAAUUCCCCCUUUACAGUAGCGCAGUUCUUUUCGCGCAUGCGCACCAGGGGUAAUUGGAUAUCAAGUGGGCCAAAACAGCGUGUGAUAAAAUGGUAGGUGAGAUUAAAUAUGGGAAACUGGGGCAAAUCUUAAGCUCCUUGAAACAAGUGCAGAAGCCGAUAACAGCUCUGUUUAGCGUUAGGACGCACCAGUAUUCUGGGAUAAGGGUUGUCCUUAAGAAAGUGUCGCAUUGUCAGGGCGAUAUGUGUCGGGAAUAUGAGGGAAAUGGAAGGUCAGUUGUUGGUAUUUUGAGAUCGGACCACUCACACUUCUUGCGGCACGUACCUUUCCCUUUUUGGUAACUCGCCUGUGCUCUUUGCUGCCCCGGGUUAGGAGAGCGAGCCCGCUGGAUCACACGUCCCCCUCCCAGGAAAAAAAAACUGGGUCGCAAAACACUGGCCUGUCACGGUGAAUUUGCUGUGUGAUCAUCGGGUGGGUCAGGUCUGCAGUUAUGCAAAAGAUGUGCAGUCUUAGUGGAUUUCUCCAGGAUGAUUUUUGCAAUCUAACGGAGCCGUGCAGCAUUGCAACAAGAAGUGUCAGUGUUUAGACUGACUUAGAUGUUGUUGUAUGCAUGGUGUCAGCCUUACUUUUUUUAUUUUAUUUUAAAGAAAUUCACGCCAAAUUUUACAGUAUGGUUAAGUAACCACCAUUCAGCAAUUGGUGUAAACAACUGAAAGUACCAGAGUCGUUGAAAAAGACGCAUUUCAUUGGAAAGCAAAUGUUUGCACUCUUGUUCCUUAACUUUUCUGUUUAUCUGAAUGUUGAUGUCUGUAUUUCCCAUCAAACCAGGCUGAUUUCUUUUACUGGGAACCCCUCUAAGUUGGCUGCAAGAAAGGGCCCCAGUGUGCAGGUGUGCACAUGCAUAUUUACCUGCUGAUAAGCACCACAAUAGCACUAUAAAUACAGAAACUCUCAGAUUGCGUUAGAGUUUGUUUUAAGAAUUUACUUUAUGAUAAAUGCGAUAAAAUUAAAAUUGGUCGGAGCAGCCUGGCGCAAAACAAAAUACCCCUCUUCUAGUGAGUUUACCCGUCUUUGGCUCUCAUUCGCCAUUUCAGCCAUCUUAAUCUGCUCUCAUUCAAUUGUCAAUACGCGGGCUACACAACCGAUUACGUCACGCAAAGUGGCACUGCUUUACGGUUCACCGCAGUGUCACUGAAGUGGAACUUCUGUCACAGUUUUCUAGAAAUGAAUUACAUUUUGAGAGUCAUGAAUACAGUGAUUUAUGAAGUCGAGAGGCAUUCUUAAAAAUAAUGAUAACUUGGGUCAGUGUUUCAUGUCCUCUUUAACCCAUAAUAAUAUGCCUAAGUUUAGCAUAUUAUUAGUAUUUUGUUUACAGGGAAUCAUCACAUACAGGCUCUUUAUCUGUCUGAGAGGUUAUCUUUUAAAGUCGUCUGAAUUCAGCCCAUACAUUCAUGGAACAGCUCUUGCAUUUGCCUGCGUGUCUUCUUACUUCGCAGCACAAGUUGAAGUCAUCGCAGAAGGACAAGGUUCGGCAGUUCAUGUCCUUCACGCAGGCCGGGGAGAGGACAGCCGUGUACUGCCUGACGCAGAAUGAUUGGAAACUAGAAGUUGCCACAGACAACUACUUCCAGAAUCCAGACCUUUACUACAAGGAAUCCAUGAAAACCUCAGUGGACCGCAAGAAGCUGGAGCAGCUGUAUAACAGAUACAAAGGCAAGCAUAAGUGAAGUUACUGUUGAUAUCAGUGCGGUCUGCUCCACAGCACCACUCUGCUCACUGCUCUCUGGUGUGUUUGCAGACCCUCAGGAUGAAAACAAGAUAGGCAUCGAUGGGAUCCAGCAGUUCUGUGAUGACCUGACCCUGGACCCAGCUAGCAUGAGUAUACUUGUGGUGGCGUGGAAGUUUAGGGCAGCCACGCAGUGCGAGUUCAGCAGGAAAGAGUUUGUGGAUGGCAUGGCGGAGCUUGGGUGAGCAAUACUGGUGACAUUUUUAGUAUUUUAUGCGUUUACUGCCAUGCUACUCUUUAAAGCAGGAUUUGCAAACUUGAUCUGUUUUAUUUUUUUCUAUUUACUAUCUCCUCUAGCUGUGACAGCCCAGACAAACUCAAGGCGUUGCUUCCCAGACUAGAGCAGGAGCUAAAGGACACAGGAAAGUUCAAAGACUUCUACCAAUUUACCUUCAAUUUUGCCAAGAACCCUGGCCAGAAAGGUUUAGGUAAGCUUUAUAAUGAUUGGAGAGAAAAUAAAAGCCUUUCAGCCUGGUUUAAAAAAAUCUAACUUAUGAAACGUAAACAUUUUGUGUCUCAGAUCUAGAGAUGGCUGUCGCUUACUGGAAUCUAGUUCUCACGGAUCGAUUUAAGUUUUUGGAUCUAUGGAACCGCUUUCUACUGGUAAAAGGAUGUUUUUGUUUUUCAACCUAUGAUUUAUUUUCUGUGUGCCAGCAGAAUAAUACAGAAACAUAUAGAUAUAUAUGCUGCAAAUAGAAAGGAAAAACUGUUAUUUGGCACAUUGUUAACAAGUGUCCCUGUGUUGCAUUCAGGAGCAUCAUAAGCGCUCAAUUCCUAAGGACACAUGGAACCUCCUGCUGGACUUUGGAAAUAUGAUUGCAGACGACAUGUCGAACUAUGACGAGGAAGGUGAGGACAUGAAAGACUUCUUGCUGAAAGCUAUUCAUUACACCGUCCAAGUGUUAACAUUUCAGCUGUUAAUUCUCUGAUGAUAGAUGGACACUCACAGUUGUAUGCUGAUAAUUCAGGCAGUCACCCCGAUGAACCCGCACCGCAUCAAAUGUCACAUCAAAGAAAAGACACACAGUGAGCGUUAAGAUAACAUAAGAUAUCCCUGUAUUAGUCCCACAAGGGGAAAGAUGGUGUGUUUAUUUUGGAACCAUACUUUUUUCAACUGCAGACAGAUUUCUUAGUGAUGAAACAUGAUGAAAAAAAAAUGCACCAAAACUCUUUAAAGUGACAGUCUGUGCAUACUCCCAGUGAGACGCUUGUGUUUUUAAAAUCUUUUUUAAAUGUAUUUUGCCUCACAGAAUGAAACAGGAGUACUGUAAGUCAUAUUCCAGUCAGGUCAGCUAAAUUUCAGGCCAGCAGGUGGCACCUGAAACCACCACAGCUUUAGCUAAUGUCUCGAUUAAUCAAGCAACAAGGACUGAUUACAUUGACAUGUUUCUAAUCGUGAGUGUUUUUUUCUCUCCUCAGGAGCAUGGCCGGUCCUCAUAGAUGACUUUGUGGAGUUUGCUCGGCCGAUUGUGACAGGGACUAAGCGCAACAUGACAUAGUUUUUACCCCAGCCUCACCCAAGGGGGGACAGAGUUUCUUCUGAUUUUCUUUUUGUUUGAAUGAGGAUUUUUCAAAACAUGAGCCAAAUAGAGACUUCUUCGAAAGAGUCCUGUCCGCAGCUUGUCUCUAAGAUUGUUCUUCCAACUGCAUUAGAUGCCUUGGCUGGGGAGCAACCUGAAACGCCAGUUCAGAGAAGACGGCAGCAACAGGAGGGAGAGAUUAUGUUUUAUGUUGUUUGUUUUUGUUUGCCGUCAAGGACAGACUUUGCAACUGCAAUAUAUAAAGGAUGGGUACCGUUAAUCCCGGCACCCAUCGAUAAAUCACGGAUGGGUUUGGCUUUGAACUGCUGCUGUGGACUCACUAACCUGAACCCUCAGCCCAGUUAGAGGGACAGUACCUUGGCACAUGCAGAGGAUUCGUUGUGGAUGCAGUAAGAAGUGGCCUCAUGCAUUAUCAACAGUGAAUGACAGUGUGUAAAAUCUGCAUGUGUUUGUCAGCUGGUGCAAAGCAAUGGAUGCUGAUGUGAAUGUGUGGAUGUUUGAGAGGAAACUGAGAAUGUGAAUGUGUAGCUCUCAUACAAUCACACUGAGAGCAGAAAAACCGUGUGCUUGCUCAUCAUGAUGUGUUUGUAUGAGUGGGUAAAUGUGUUUGAGUGUUUUUUUUUGUUUUUUUUUAAGGGCGUGGUUUAACAAUUUGCUUCUUUUAAAAUAAAAGAAAGAGGUUUUCAUUUAAUUUUAAUAAAAUUGGCGGUCAAUAAGUUAUGAAUCACCUGCACUAAGCGGCAGUGAAAAUGAUUUUGUAUUCACACUGAAAAUUGGAGACAGCGGCAUGUGUUUUGAGCUCAACACCAGCAGAAUUGCCAUCCCACAGUAGUGAAAUUCUGUACCCAGAGAAAUAGAAAUAGAUGAUUGUAAAGGGGAGUGACGAAAUUUAUCUGAGAAAACAGGUAGUGGUAUUUAUAAUCAUGACUAGUGCACAAGAAGCAUUUAGAGUGGCGAUUUUUUAAAUGCUAAUAAAUUUCAUUUUUGUUUGUUUUGCAGAGUAUGAGCUGCUGUACACAAAAAAAACUGACUGGCACGUUGACUGUUUUCUAUAAUUCAGGUGACGAUGACUUGCCAACCCUAUGAACUGCACUGAUUUUACACUUUUCUGUUGUAGUUUUUUUUUUAAUCAGAUAGCACUGUAUACAGCUACAGAACUAUUCAGUUUACACUUACAUAUUAGUGUUAAAAUGAACACGUAUACCCUGGUCAGAAGCGUGGUCAGUAUUUGUUUACACUGUUUGAGGCUAUUCACUGAAAAGGACCCCUGCUGCAGGGAUGGUGAUGUGUUGAAGUACCACAGAACUACUACAAAGAAAACACCAUUUUAAGACACUGUUCCUGCUGCCAUCUAGGGGUGACAGCGGUAAAGCACUUCUCAAAGUACAACGCUUCUUAACAACUGGAUGCGGCCAUCUUUACAAGUACACACAGUUGUAAUGUUGGAUUUAAUUACUCGAAGUGUUGCUCUUGAAAUGUAUUUCUAAACACCUAAAAUCUCCCUGUGAGCCUCUCUCUUAGGGGUCUCUUUCCCAAGCUUGAGAGCACGACAGAAGGUAGAGCUCAGGUACUAGUCGUCCUCUCCCUGUCAUAGUGAGCAGCAGGCAGCUUUUUUGAACACACUACAUCAGUAUUCAACUCUUGUGCGAUGCUGUCUUGUUCUUUUGUUGACCUCAUGACUUAGCUUUUGUGUAGACGCAGUUAUGAAGUAUUUCCCCGCGUCAAACUUCUCUGUCCUGUCACCUUCAAGCUACACUGGGAAUCAUUUGCCUUCUGUUUUCCUUUAAACUGACAAACAUAUUUGUGACUUUACAUUUGUAUAAGCAGAAGUCAGUCUUUUCAGUCUAGUACAUGAAGUAUAAGAAGUUGUGGCAAAUCAUGAUGGAAAAUCAUACUUGUUUCAGUCAAGGGUUGAGGAUAAAUGCAAUCCACCUGUCUAUCUUAGGAAGCUACAGUUGAUACAUGAUGGUGCAGUGAAAUAUCUCACACAGAUUUUGAGUCAUGUCUGUUGAGGUUUUAAAACAUCUAAGUUGUCGCAGUUCUAAGUUUAGUCCCAUAGGAGACAGACGUCAAAAACUCCAAUCAAGUCCAUGUUGCCUUUGGGAUUAAACUUGAAACUUCAUCUGAGUAUGUUGCUAGAUGGUGUGAAAUUUUCUACCAGUUGAAUGUUGUUGACUAUAUGAUCUGACAUCCUCUGUGGUUCACGAGCAAGAGAUCUUUCAGUGUUCAGUUUGGUUAUACGGUACACUUGGUACAUUUUUAUCAUGUCAGACGUGUGGUUAACAGUUUGCAGUCAUGCAGAUAUUCUCAUAAAAAAACAGUGUUAUUUUUGCUGGCAAGAAAACAGGUAUUUACAGAAUGUUAUGUUUGUCAUAGAUACACACCAUACUUUGUUUUCUUCGAGAACAUUUUCAAUAAAGCAUGUUGUUUAUAA